AUGGCGGGAACUCCGGGCCGCGAUCCUUGGGGGACCCCUGGGAUUUGUUACCUUUUUGGCUCCCUGCUCGCCGGACUGCUCUUCCCCAGGGCUGCCGCCUUCAAUCUGGACGUGAUGGGCGCCCUCCGCAAGGAGGGCGAGCCGGGGAGCCUCUUUGGCUUCUCGGUGGCCCUGCACCGGCAGUUGCAGCCCCGACCCCAGAGCUGGCUGCUGGUGGGCGCACCCCAGGCUUUGGCCCUGCCAGGGCAGCAGGCAAAUCGCACUGGGGGUCUCUUUGCUUGCCCCCUGAGCCUGGAAGAGGCUGACUGCUACAGAGUGGACAUCGACCGCGGAGCUGAUGUGCAGAAGGAGAGCAAGGAGAACCAGUGGCUGGGAGUCAGCGUUCGGAGUCAGGGGCCUGGGGGCAAGAUUGUUACCUGUGCGCACCGAUACGAGUCGCGGCAGCGUGUAGACCAGAUCCUGGAGACGAGGGACGUGAUUGGCCGCUGCUUUGUGCUAAGCCAGGACCUGGCCAUCCGAGACGAGCUGGAUGGUGGGGAGUGGAAGUUCUGUGAGGGACGUCCCCAGGGCCACGAACAGUUCGGCUUCUGCCAGCAGGGCACGGCGGCUGCCUUCUCCCCCGACAACCACUAUCUCCUCUUUGGGGCCCCAGGAACCUAUAACUGGAAGGGCACGGCCAGGGUGGAGCUCUGUGUGCAGGGCUCGGCGGACCUGGCGCACCUGGACGACGGGCCCUACGAGGCGGGGGGGGAGAAGGAGCAGGACCCCCGCCUCAUCCCGGUCCCUGCCAACAGCUACCUUGGUUUCUCCAUCGACUCUGGGAAGGGGCUGCUGCGAGCUGAGGAGCUGAGCUUCGUGGCAGGGGCCCCCCGUGCCAACCACAAGGGUGCCGUGGUCAUUCUACGCAAAGACAGCGCCAGCCGCCUGGUGCCGGAAGUGAUGCUGUCCGGGGAGCGCCUGACCUCUGGCUUUGGCUAUUCGCUGGCCGUGGCUGAUCUCAACAAUGAUGGCUGGACAGACCUGGUCGUGGGUGCCCCCUACUUCUUCGAGCGCCAGGAAGAACUGGGGGGUGCUGUGUAUGUGUACAUGAACGAGGGGGGUCACUGGGCCGGGGUCGCCCCUCUCCGGCUCUGCGGCUCCCCUGACUCCAUGUUCGGGAUCAGCCUGGCAGUCCUGGGGGACCUCAAUCAAGACGGCUUCCCAGAUCUUGCUGUGGGGGCUCCCUUCGAUGGGGACGGGAAGGUCUUUAUCUACCAUGGGAGCAGUCUGGGGGUUGUCCCCAAGCCUUCCCAGGUGCUGGAGGGCGAGGCCGUGGGCAUGAAGAGCUUUGGCUACUCCCUGUCGGGCGGCCUGGACGUGGACGGGAACCGCUACCCAGACCUGCUCGUGGGCUCCCUGGACGACUCUGCUGUGCUCUUCAGGGCCAGGCCCGUCCUCCAUGUCUCCCACGAGGUCUCCAUUCUUCCCCGAGCCAUCGACCUAGAGCAGCCCAACUGUGCGAGUGGCCGCUUGGUCUGCAUGGACCUGAGGGUCUGUUUCAGCUAUAUCGCAUCGCCCAGCAGCUAUAGCCCUACUGUGGCCCUGGAUUACAUGUUAGAUGGGGACACAGACCGGAGGCUCCGGGGCCAGGUGCCCCGUGUGACCUUCCUGAGCCGUGGCCCCGAUGACCCCAAGCACCAGUCCUCAGGCACCGUGUGGCUGAAACACCAGUAUGACAGAGUCUGUGGAGACACCACGCUGCAGCUCCAGGAGAAUGUCAAAGACAAGCUUCGGGCCAUCGUUGUGACCCUGUCCUAUGGUCUCCAGACCCCUCGGCUCCGACGACAGGCUCCUGGUCAGGGGCUGCCCCCGGUGGCCCCCAUCCUCAAUGCCCACCAGCCCAGCACCCAGCGGACAGAGAUCCACUUCCUGAAGCAAGGAUGUGGUGAAGACAAGAUCUGCCAGAGCAAUCUGCAGCUGGUCCAUGCCCAGUUCUGCGCCCGCGUCAGUGACACGGAGUUUCAGCCUCUGCCCAUGGAUGCGGACGGGAUGACAGCCUUGUUUGCUCUGAGUGGGCAGCCGGUCAUCGGCCUGGAGCUGAAGGUCACCAAUCUACCCUCGGACCCAGCCCAGCCCCAGGCUGAUGGGGAUGAUGCUCAUGAAGCCCAGCUCCUGGUCACCCUCCCUGCCGCUCUGCACUACUCGGGAGUCCGGGGCCUGGACCCUGUGGAGAAGCCGCUGUGCCUGUCUGAUGAGAAUGCCUCCCACGUCGAGUGUGAGCUGGGGAACCCCAUGAAGAGAGGCGCCCAGGUCGCCUUCUACCUCAUCCUCAGCACCUCGGGGAUCACCAUUGAAACCACGGAGCUGGAGGUGGAGCUGCUGUUGGCCACCAUCAGCGAGCAGGAGCUGCAUCCAGUCUUGGCCCGUGCCCGUGUCUUCAUCGAGCUGCCACUGUCCAUCACGGGGGCGGCCGUUCCCCAGCAGCUCUUCUUCUCCGGCCUGGUGCGGGGCGAGAGCGCGAUGCGGUCCGAGCGGGACGUGGGCAGCAAGGUCAAGUACGAGGUCACGGUUUCCAACCAAGGCCAGUCGCUCAACACCCUGGGCUCGGCCUUCCUCAACGUCAUGUGGCCCCACGAGAUUGCCAACGGGAAGUGGCUGCUGUACCCCAUGCGGGUGGAGCUGGAGGGUGGGCAGGGGCCCGGGCAGAGGGGGCUCUGCUCCCCCAGGCCCAACGUCCUCCAACUGGAUGUGGACAGCCGGGACAGGAGGAGGCGGGAGCUGGGGCCGCCGGAGUCGCAGCAGCCUCGAGAGCAGCCGGAGCCCAGCACGUCUUGGUGGCCGGUGUCCUCUGCUGAGAAGAAGAAGAACUUCACUCUGGACUGCGCCCGGGGCACGGCCAACUGCGUGGUGUUCAGCUGCCCUCUCUACAGCUUUGACCGUGCGGCCGUGCUGCAUGUCUGGGGCCGCCUCUGGAACAGCACCUUCCUGGAGGAGUACUCCGCUGUGAAGUCUCUGGAAGUGAUUGUCCGAGCCAACAUCACCGUGAAGUCCUCCAUCAAGAACUUGCUGCUCAGAGACGCUUCCACGGUGAUCCCGGUGAUGGUGUACCUGGACCCCGCGGCUGUGCUGGCCGAAGGUGUCCCCUGGUGGGUCAUCCUCUUGGCUGUACUAGCCGGGCUGCUGGUGUUGGCGCUGCUGGUGCUGCUCAUGUGGAAGAUGGGAUUCUUCAAGCGAGCGCGGUACCCUGAAGCCACCGUACCCCAGUACCAUGCGGUGAAGAUCCCGCGGGAAGACCGGCAGCAGUUCAAGGAGGAGAAGACGGGCACCAUCCUGAGGAACAACUGGGGCAGCCCCCGGCGGGAGGGCCCAGAUGCCCACCCCAUCCUGGCUGGGGAUGGGCACCCGGAGCUGGGCUCUGAGGGGCACCCGGUGCCAGGCACAGCCUAG